AUGCCAACGUUUUCUAUAGCGAAAGGCCCUUGUAAAAACAAGAUGGGCAAGUGCCAAAAGUACACCAUGAACAAUGUAUUUUUAUUCUCUUUUGUCAAAGCGCAUCUUGGGUACAAUCAUAAACAACGACCGUGGAUGGAGACGAAAGCCUCACAAUACGAAUGUUACGCGACGACUUCAAUGGCAACUGGUAGACUAUCAUUCGCCGUCUCGAAAAACCAAGAAGAAAUGUGUAAUUCGACUGCAUGGGUCCCCACAAAACCUCCGAAAACAACACAGAAAGAUCACGCAUUUUUACUGUCUUCAAUCACGAUUACGUCUGCCUUCAUGAUGAGUCUUGUUCGAAUCGAUCUCCAAGUCAAAGAUGGGAUAUGCUCCACAUCAACCAUAUUCACCGACUGGAGCUCUUACAGACUAUCGCGUCAAGCAGUCGUUAGAAAACUGGCAACGAACAAAAUUAAUAACGACUUGGAUGACUUGGAGCAAAUAAUCUGUUUGAAAAAUUCAAAUCCGAUGUUAAAGCUUGGAUCGCCUCCAAGAACUUUGAUGAUUUUCUCGCUCGUGGAAUCGACCGACAGCUAA